GGAGCCCAAAGACGCGGCCCCGGCCUGGCCCGGCCCGGCCCGGCCCGCAGAUGCUGUGACAGCCAUGUCGGACGAGAAGCCGCCGCAGCUCGUGGAUUAUUUCGUGGUGGCCGGGCUGGCGGAGGCGUCGCGGGCGCUGGAGGAGGAGCAGCAGCCGCGGCCGGCGCGGCCCGGGGAGCCCAUCACGGACGUGGCCGUGAUCAUCCGCUCGCAGGGCGAGGAGGUGCCCCAGGGCUUCACCUGCAUCGAGACCAGCACCUCGGGCCACCCCGUGGACCUCAACGCGGGGCUGCUCAACAACCCACAGAUGUUCCUGUGCUACAAACGCGGGAGGGACAAACCCCCCCUGAUCGAGCUGGGGGUGCACUAUGAGGGCAAGGACCGCCCGAAGCCGGGCUACCAGAUCCUGGACACGACCCCCUACAGCCGCUCGGCCAACCUGGCCUCGGGGUCCCCGGGCCACCAGCGCACGUUCCUGACCUUCCGCCGCGCGGCCGAGCCCCCCGGCCACCACACGCUGGGGGUCACCGACAUCUGCCUGGUGAUGCCCAGCAAGGGCGAGAGCACGCCCCACACCUUCUGCCGCGUGGACAAGAACCUCAACACCAGCAUGUGGGGCCCCGCGUUGUUCCUGUGCUACAAGAUCGCCGUGGCCAAGGACAACACGCUGGUCUACGAGGCAGGGCUGCUGAGCCGCUACCCCGAGCAGGACAGCGAGUCCUUCCCGCUGCCCGAGUCGGUGCCCGUGUUCUGCCUGCCCAUGGGGGCCACCAUCGAGAGCUGGCCCGUGGGCACCAAGUACCCCUUGCCCGUCUUCUCCACCUUCGUCCUCACCGGCGCCUCGGGGGACAAGGUGUACGGUGCCGCUAUCCAGUUCCACGAGGCGUUCCCGCGGGAGCGGCUGUCGGAGGCGCAGGCGCUGCGCCUGGGGCUGCUCAGCGUGGUGGACCGGCGGCCGGUGCCCGGGCGCUCCCUGCACACCCGCAAGAGCAUCUGCGUCCUGUCCCACUGGCCCUUCUUCGAGGUCUUCCGCAAGUUCCUCAUGUUCAUCUACCGCUACUCCAUCUCGGGCCCCCACGUGCUGCCCCUGGAGACGCACAUCUCCCACUUCAUGCACAACGUGCCCUUCCCGUCCCCGCAGCGCCCGCGGAUCCUGGUCCAGAUGUCCCCGUACGACAGCCUGCUGCUGUGCCGGCCCGUGUCCUCGCCGCUGCCGCUCAGCGGGGCCAGUUUCCUGACGCUGCUGCAGAACCUGGGCCCCGACAACGCGGUGGCACUGCUGGUGGCCGUCCUCACCGAGCAGAAGCUGCUCAUCCACUCUCUACGCCCUGAUGUCCUGACCAGCGUGGGCGAAGCCCUGGUGGCGAUGAUCUUCCCCCUGCGCUGGCAGUGCCCCUACAUCCCGCUGUGCCCGCUGGCGCUGGCUGACGUGCUGUGUGCCCCCGUGCCCUUCAUUGUAGGCAUCCACUCCAGCUACUUCGACCUCUACGAGCCCCCCCGCGACGUCAUCUUCGUCGACCUGGACACCAACACCAUUUUCCAGAGCGAGGAGCGGAAGCUGCUGUCGCCACGCGCGCUGCCCCGCCGGCCCUGCAAGGUGCUGCUGGCCUCGCUGCACAGCCUGUCCCAGCAGCUGGAUGAGCUGCUGAGCGCGCCGGGCGAGGAGGAGCCGCCGGAGCUGGUGCUGAGCGACGCGGAGGCGGCGGGCGCGCGGCGGGCGCAGCUGGAGCUGGAGGCGCGGGCGGCCUUCCUGCGCUUCAUGGCCUGCGCCCUGCGCGGGUACCGCUCCUUCCUGCGCCCCAUCGCCCCCGCGCCCGCCCCGGCCGGCCGCGACGCCGGCAGCCUCUUCGCCCUGCAGGGGUUCCUGCGCUCCCGGGAGCGGGCGUACCAGCGCUUCUACGGGCAGCUGCUGCGCACGCAGCUCUUCACGCAGUUCAUCGAGGACUGCUCCUUCGCCAGCGACCGCGAGCCCUGCCUCGAGUUCUUCGACACCUGCGUCGACAAGGUGCAGGUGGACCUGGAGAAGCCCGAGGACACUCCCCUGAUGGAACUGGACGACCCCCGUGGCGGGGAGCACACGGUGUUCAUCACCCCCCCGGAGCAGCCGGCGGGGCCGGACGGGGCCGAGCCCCCUGCCCGCUACAGGUAUGACGGGUUCCCCACGCUGCGCCCGGAGCUGCUGGAGCCGCCCCGGGACCCGCUGCUGGCUCAGCUGUGCCAGGCCCGGAGCAGCGCCCCGAGCAGCCCCGCCCCGCGCCGCACCAAGCAGGAGAUGAAGGUGGCGCAGCGGGUGGCGCAGAAGUCGUCGGCGGUGCCGGAGCUGUGGGCGCGCUGCCUGCUGGGGCACUGCUACGGGCUCUGGUUCCUGUACCUGCCCGCCCACGUGCGCGCCGCCCCCGCCAAGCUGCGCGCCCUGCAGCUGGCCUACGACGUGCUGCGCAAGAUGGAGCAGCACAAGGUGGUGCUGCCCGACGAGGUGUGUUACCGCAUCCUGAUGCAGCUCUGCGGGCAGUACGGCGAGCCCGUGCUGUCCGUGCGCGUCCUGCUGGAGAUGAAACGCGCCGGCAUCGUCCCCAACACCGUCACCUACGGCUACUACAACAAGGCGGUGCUGGAGAGCAAGUGGCCGGCGGGGACGCAGGGCGGGCGGCUGCGCUGGGCCAAGCUGCGGAACGUGGUGCUGGGAGCGGCGCAGUUCCGACAGCCCCUGCGGCAGCGGCAGCGCCGGGGCACCGACGGAGACCCCCGAGGUGACCGGGCCCCCCCGGCCCCGCGCCCCCCGCUGCAGCGCCAGACCACCUGGGCGGGCCGGAGCCUGCGGGACGCGGCCCCGCGCCUGGUCAAGAGCGGCAGCCUCAGUUUCCCCGCCGAGGGGGCGGCCCGGGAGAGCCCCCGGUUCCCCGGGACCCCCACCCCGCCCCCGCCGCCGCCGCGCCCGCGGGGACCCCCCGGUUCCACCGACGGCAGCCUCUCGGACAUCGGCACCGACGACAGCGGCGGCGACGAGGGACCGGCCGGGGGGCCCGGUGAUGGUCCCGGUGAUGUUCCCGGUGAUGGUCCCCGUGGCAGUCCCGGUGGCGGUCCCGGUAGAAGCCCCGGUGAUGGUCCCGGUGGAACUCCCGGUGGAAGUCCCGGUCCCGGUCCCGGUCCCGGGGCGGCGACCCCUCGCCGGGGGCUGGCGGCCAAGCUGCAGCAGCUGCUGUCCCCCGGUAAACGGCCCCCGGCGCGGCCCGCCGAGCCCCCCCGGGAUCUCGGGGCCCGCCGGGGCUCGGAGCCGCGGGAAGCGGAGCCCCCGUCCCGCCGCAGCCCCGCCGAGAGCCUGCUGCGGCCCCGGGAGCGCCCCGAGUCCACCGCGUCCGAGAGCUCCGUGUCCCUGGGCAGCGAGCUGGACCUGUCCGAUGCCUCGGGGGGCAGCGGCGGGACCCCCAAACCCACCGAGCCCCCCGCGGAUGGGGCAGCGGGGACAGAGCCCCCCGCCCUGGAGGUGCUGCUGUCCAGCUGCUCGCGCUGCCCGGGCUGCGCCGCGCUGGUGUUCGACGAGGAGCUGAUGGCCGGCUGGACCUCGGACGACUCCAACCUCAACACCUGCUGCCCCUUCUGCUCCCGCUCCUUCGUGCCCUUCCUCAGCAUCGAGAUCCGCGACUUCCGGCGGGCCCCGAGCCCCCCCGGGCCCGGCCCGGUGCCCCCCUCCCCGCAGGGGCCGGUGCUCAGCGACCGCCGGCGCUGCCUGGAGCUGGACGGGACCCCCGAGCUCUGCAACGGCUGCGCCGAGCCCCCGGCGCCGGGGCGCCGGGAGCGCGUGGCCUUCGCCUACGUCAGCCCGCUGGUGCUGCGCAAGGAGCUGGAGAGCCUGCUGGAGAACGAGGGCGCCGAGCUGCUGGCGCGGCCCGAGCUGGUGGACAGCCACCCCAUCAUCUUCUGGAACCUGGUCUGGUACUUCCAGCGCCUGGCGCUGCCCAGCAACCUGCCCCUGCUGCUGCUGGGCUCCCAGCACGCGCCCCGCCGCCCCCAGCCCCCCGAGCCGGGCCGGGUGCGCGUGCGGCUGCUGUGGGACGUGCUGAGCGCUGACCCCGAGAGCUGCCCCCCGCUCUACGUGCUCUGGAGAAUGCACAGUAACGUCCCCCCGCGGCUGCAGCCCUGGGCCCCCCCGGCCCCGCCGCUGUCGCUGCCGCUGCUGGAGGCGCUGCUGGCGCAUGUGGGGCUGAACGAGGUGCACAAAGCCAUCGCGCUCCUCCUGGAGACCCCCACAGCGCCCGGAGCCCCCCGCGCCCCGCACAGGAGCAUCUACCGGGAGCUGCUGUUCCUGACGCUGGCGGCGCUGGGCCGGGAGCACACGGACAUCGCCGCCUUCGACCGGCGGUACCGGGCGGCGCUGGGGCGGCUGAGCGGGGCCCUGGGCCGGGACGAGCUGUGGCGGCAGCGGGCGCAGCCCCCCAGCGCCAAAGCCUCCGACUGCCGCCGCACCUUCGGGGCGCCCCCCGAGUGCUGAGCCCCCCGGGACCCCCCCGAGGGACCCCCGAGUGCGGGGCAGGGCUGGGGUGGGGAAAAGGGACCCCCAGGACCCCCCUCAAACCCUCAGUAUUAAAUAGGAGCUCCCAGGGGACCCCCAAAGUGUUGGGGAGG